AUGAGAUUUAUGGGCUAUAUUGAUUGGUCGCAGGUCUACCAGUUGUGUUUUUUAAGUCGUAGGUCCGAACCGUCCAAGCGUCACUGCAGAUCUCAGCGUUUAAAUCGGAAGCGCAUCACUCUGAUUCACUACUAGAGAUCACUAGCGCAAUACUAGCGCAUCCGAGAGCAUCGGAGCCGAUCCGAGCGCAUCGCCUGCAAAGCUCGCUAGUCCUGAACCACUCUUACUUUAGUGACGCCUCUCGCAGCGUGGCGUGACCUGGCGUGACGCUGGCAGAACACUGAGUGUCAACCUGUGAGAGCCUUCCAGCGCACAAAGUCCUCAACGGAACUUCUUCUGGUGGAUCAGCCUGCUUUCCAGUUGACGGCUUGUCAGACCACAUUGUCGAACGCGGUUCGAUCUCACCACCAGCGUCCCAGAAACCGAAGAACGCCUCUAUCGCGUGGUGCGUACUUUUUGUCACGUCGUGCGGACGUGAAUCUCAGUAGCUGACAUACGGGUGACAUGCACCGAAUAAGUCCUCAAGGACAUAGCAGGCGAUCAUACUGGCCACCUGGAUUCGGCCAACGAGACGAGCGUGAGUGAUGGGUCAGCCGCCUCGUCGCAAGUGACGUUCGUGCGCACGCAUGCUCAUGCGAUACAUCGGGACAAUCUUGUAGCGUCGAUCUCUAGCUAUGCUGGGCAAUGCCAAGACCCUCGCUUGCCUAGCCAUGCUACUGGCGCCUCGGACGACCGUGGGCUCCAUCGGAGAUCUGUCCCCUUCGUAUCAGCGCUGUGUGGACGCUUGCUCCAACGAUUGCCCGCGUCCGACCCCAUUGCUCUGGUCGUGCAGAGACGACUGCCAAUAUCGCUGCACGCAACACUUGACCGACCUCUCGCUCCGAACCGUCAAGUCGGUCGAGACUCGGGAAUAUGUUGUCGACAUGGAGGGCCUUCCACUCGGGGAACAAGUGCAAUAUCACGGAAAAUGGGCCUUCCAUCGACUUGGAGGGCCUGUGAAGAUUCAAGAGCCUCUGUCGGUGGUUUUCUCACUCGGGAAUCUCGUCGCCCAUCACAGGGGCCUGAUGAAGUUGUCAAGGCAUACAAAAUUUCACCACGACGGAUCUCAAAGCCCCCGCCUCGUCUACCGGAUUUACGCCCUCUUCGGUAUCAAUGCCUGGAUUUGGUCCUGCGUUUUCCACAUCCGCGACUUGUCAUGGACCGAAAAAGCCGACUACUUCGGCGCCGCGGCGCUGAUGGUAUGCGGCUUGUGGGCAGCAGUCAUGCGCAUAAGUGGUCUAUCAUUUACGUUUGCGGCGACAACCAGGAGGGUGGCAUUGGCUUGGACCGUAUCUUGCGCCUUCCUCGUAAUCGCGCACUGCUGGUACCUGACACGCAAAGAGCGCUUCGACUAUGACUACAACAUGAGGUUCAAUAUCGCCACAGCGAUUGCCACAAUCCUGCUCUGGUCUGCCUGGUCAUUCUACCAUUGUAUCCUGAUCGACUCCCCGUCAGCAGAAGAGCCUACGAUGUUCCUGGCGCCUGGGCAUCAACCAGCAGCGCGAUCGCAAACAACGCGAGCUCCACACGCAUGUAUGCCUGUGCUACCCUUGAUAUUGCUGCCUCUCUUAACGUCGCUCGAGCUUUUGGACUUUGCGCCGAUAGGAGUGUUUGGGCUGCGACUUCUGGAUGCGCAUGCUCUGUGGCAUGCGAGCACUAUCCCUGUUGUGAGCCUGUGGUAUCGGUUUCUAGCGGAAGACGUGCGGUGGGCUGAGCGGGGGUAACAGUAGCUUUGCAAAUGCAGAAUCUCUCCUGAUCUUGAGGUUUGGACCUGUUGCUGCUCCGUGUGCCCAUGCCAACCUCCACACACAUAUAUUCUGGAGGUCUCUACAUCCUGUGCCAAGAUGCUGGCCCAUAAUACAAGCCGCAGUCUGAAGCACGGCCAUGGGACCUCCUCGCAUCCUACCGUAAAGCCCAUUCUGCACGAUCUAGUGGCUCAUCUGACUUGCGAUUGCUGUCGCCAAUUUCGUGGACGAGGAGCUAAGACUCAGUGCCUUGUUAUUACUGGACGCUUCUCUGGCGCCCUAGAAUGUCGCUUCCGGCCCUGGCGGCCGCCCCCGCCCCCUCCCCCACCCCCACGUCCAUUGCCGAGAACCAGUUUUUGAAACAGCUCCGGGUGAGAAUCAGAUCUCAGGUUUGCUUCCAAAGAAAAAGCUCGAAUGCUUAUCACCGCUUUACACGGCGUCUGUAGUCUUUGGCUGAGCUGCACCUCGUGACAAAGUAAACUGGCGGGACGUCGAUGAACACACAGGUGGAGGCAGAGCACUUCUGGCUUGUAAGUUCAGGAUCGAGCUCUCUUCAUUCCAUUUUUAUUUUAAAUUGUUAUUUAUGUUAAUGAAUUUCAAUGACGGUAUAAUUAUAUCAAGUCGGAGGGGAUGCAUUUAAGCACAUUGGCUAGCCCAGUAGUGUAGGACUCAUCGACCCUGAAUCAGUAUCAAUCGUACCCACUAAAACCCCCUUGGGUGAUUUAAAGAGACUGGGACCCGACGGACGGCGCAGACAGUCGCAUACAAAGAUCUACUUUGACCAAGCUCGAGUCCAGGUUGCGUACCGGCUUUGUGAGGGAGGUCGCAUCGGCCACUGGCAUCGGUAGGCAUCGGUCAAAGCUCGUGCAGGUUGGGAUACAGCCAAUGAGUGGAGCCUGCGCCUCUGCCUACCACCACUGCAGGGGACCGAGACCGACGCACCCACAACCUUCCUACGUCGAGCACGGAAAUGGCGAUGCUUUUCUGCGAUUCCAACACCAACACGAGAGAUCGUGGACCGCAAGAACUUACUCCUCAGGUGCACGGCGAUCGACGUCCAUACGUUCGGUCCAAGUACCACUGCAAGUCGUUAG